AUGAUGUGGAUGCUUAAUAUUCUCCUUUGCACUCUGCUCUAUAGUCUUAGCUCCUGGUGCUGCCAUGCAUGCCCAGAGAAGUGUGUGUGUGAGCCAGCAGCAUCUGUGCAGUGUUUUAGGGUGCAGUCUAUACCCUCUGGCAUCGCAGGAGACGUGAGGAAACUGAACUUGGGAUAUAACCACAUAAAGGAGAUAAAGAGUAGAGAACUGUCUGGCUUGAAAAGUCUGGAGGAAAUCAUCCUGUCAUCAUGUGGGGUGGAGCAGGUCGACGGCAAUACAUUCAGAGCACAAAAGCAUCUAAAAUCAUUGGAUCUCCAGAAAAACAAGCUGCGCCACGUCCCUCGUGGCCUUCCCUCCAGCCUUGAGAUCCUCCAAAUUAGUCAUAACCAGAUCCACGCGCUGCAGGAGUCUCCUCUGCACAGCCUGAGGAGACUUCGUGUGCUAAAUCUGCAGAAUAACCUGAUUACCACGCUGCGCGCCAACACCCUCUCAGCACUGCUCAAGCUGGAGUCUCUCUAUCUGAAUGGUAAUAAAAUCGAGACCAUACAGGGAUCUCUCAGGUUGCCAGCAUUGAAUUGGUUUAGUAUGGCAAAUAAUAAGAUCUCAUCACUGCCAUCAGCGUUCUUCUCAUCACUGCAAGCUUUAAAGACUUUGGACUUGUCAGCAAACCUUCUGACCAAAGUUCCUCAUAACCUCCCACAAGCCCUAAUUGCCCUGAAUCUGGACAGAAACCAGAUCAGAUCGUUAAAGAGUCGUGAUCUGGCUCAGAUGCGUGACCUUACCACUCUGUCUGCUUGCUACAACAGACUGGUGUCUGUAGAUGGCGGGCUUCGGUUGCCCAAUCUCACGGUGUUGGAGUUGGCAGGUAACCAGCUGCGAGUGCUGCCCAGCAGGGUGUCGGCUAAACUUGAGAAGGUUGACUGUGGGCAGAAUCAGAUACAGGAAGUGACUCAUCAGCAGCUGUCUGGUCUGAGGCACCUGAAACAUCUUUUUCUGGAGAACAACACCAUCCGACAGUUUGAACCCAAUGCUCUGAGGGACUGCGUCCACCUCACCAACCUGGCUCUGGAACAGAACCUUCUCUUCACCGUCCCAGACGGGCUCCCUGAAUCACUAGUGCGCCUGGAUCUGAAAAGUAAUCGCAUUGCCACCAUUCAGGAGCGUGAGCUGAAGCCCCUGAAGCGCCUUCAAGUGCUGAACCUGCGCAACAACAUGCUCUCCUCGCUACCGGCCAUGAGCCUGCUGCCCAGACUGAGGACUCUGUAUCUAGAGGGAAACCUGUGGAACUGCACGUGCGAGCUCCUCAAAACCAAAAGUGCAUUGCUGGCUCGGGAUGUGGAUAUGAGCACAGAAUUCUGCACUGAACCUGUCAGUUCAUCACUGGACAUGUGGCAAGCAUACAUCAUGGCUCAAGAGAUGUGUGAGGAGCAGAACAAAGAGGUCUUAACAGAGAGCCAGAUAGUAAACACAGACAAUGAGGACUAUGAUGACUAUGACUUUUAA